GUUUGAGAGGGAAGGUUUGUUUAAACGUUUUAUAUAAUACCGUACUUCUUUCAAGUUAGCAACUGUUUAAAAUGCUGUGGUUCGUUUUACUACUUUCAUGGCUUUCUGAAGUGCAUAUUAACUCAGUGAAGAGUGCACCACCUCCCUUGGUAAAGACAAGUGAAACGCAGCUUGAUUUUGAGGCAGACUACGCUGUACAGGAGGGGGAUAUCUUACUGCAAACUGGCAGGAACGCAGGGGGUCAGCUCUGGCCUGAGGUGGAUGGAAGUUUGUCGGUGCCGUAUGAAAUCGAUUUGACUCUUAAGGGCAGGACUAAAGACAUUCUUGAUGCCUUCGAUAUGAUUUCUGAGAAGACUUGUGUAAAAUUCCAUCGGCAUGCUAAAGAAACCGACUAUUUGCGCUUUGAGGAAGGAAGUGGGUGUGCGUCUUACGUUGGAUGUAUCGGGGGCGAGCAGUCUGUUAUGGUCGGCCCGAAAUGUAAUGUCGGGAACAUCUGCCACGAGAUCAUUCAUUCCCUCGGCUUUCAUCACGAGCAUACCCGAUUCGAUCGUGAUGAUCACGUCAUUAUACUUGAUGAAAACAUCAUCUCCGGGAAAGAGGACAAUUUUAUGAAGAGAAAAGGGAACACCCUCGGUAUAAAGUAUGACGCAGAAUCAAUCAUGCAUUACGGAAGCAAAUAUUUCUCUCGCAAUGGAAAACACACGAUGGACCCCAUAGAGAGCGGUGUAACAAUCGGUCAGAGGACUCACUUGUCUCACCUGGAUGUGCAAAGGAUCAGGACGCUGUACCGCUGCGAUAAGGAACAAGCUAAAUCUUGAAUGGUCACUUGGAAUCUAGGAGGACAAAUAAAGGUUUCAAAAUUCUAA